UCUCUGUUAGUCAUGAGGGCACGCAGUCCCCAGGGUAGGAGAAUGUUUAUAAAGGCCAAGGGAGCCAGCCCCCUUUCUCCCACUGACAGCGAUCCCCAUGCAACCAAGGGCUGUACCCGUAGCCCAGGCCUUGCCCUUCUCCCUCAGCCAGGCCAUUCAUGAUGCUGGGUUCCGAUUGCCAGUUGCCAAGAUGGGCACAAGCUGGGGACUACUUCAGCGAUUCCUGAAGGAGGUGGCUUAUAUCCUUCUCUGCUGCUGGUGUAUUAAGGAGCUGCUAGACUAGCCAGUGCCGCCUUCAUCUCCAAGACUCCUUGUGUCCUCUCUGCUUACCUGAGGGUACCAAUAAAUGAGUGAAGUUCAA